AUGGACAGGGCUCAACUCCAGCCAUUACUAUUGCCUGAUUUAAAGGAGACUGGUAAAGAGUUAGGUCGUGGAGCUUAUGGUGUUGUUACUGAAGUAAUAGUUAGUGGAACAAUCUGUGCUGCUAAGAAGCUCCAUCCUGCUAUUGUACAGGGGCACACUUUGAGAAGAUUUGGUGAUGAGGUGCUUCUUCACAGUCAGCAAAGGCAUCCUAACAUUGUCCAGUUAAUUGGUGUCUAUUAUCCUUCUCAUUCACAAUUACCAAUGUUAGUAAUGGAGUAUCUUCCUUUAUCACUCACACAAUGUCUGGAGAGAGCGGAAGAGCUACCACUUCAAAUGAAGUAUUCUAUUCUUCUUGAUGUUGCUAAGGGUUUGUGUUAUCUUCAUGGUAAACGUCCUCCUAUUGUACAUCGUGACCUCACUGCUAAUAACGUGUUACUCACCUCUUCAUACUCAGCUAAGAUAUCAGAUCUAGGAGUAUCAAGAUUAGCUGAUACCUUUAAAAAGCAUCACCUCACUACAGCACCUGGUAAUGCUAUGGUAAUGCCACCAGAAGCUCUUGAAGAUAAUCCGGUAUAUGAUCACAAGUUAGAUGUAUUCUCUUAUGGUUGUCUCAUUCUUCAUGUACUUACUGGUCAAUUCCCUCAACCAACCAACCAAUUUGUACAAGAACCUGGUAGAUCAUCCUUCUUAAUGGUAUCAGAAUGGGAUAGAAGAUCAAGUUAUAUUGAAGAUAUACCAAAAGAAAAUGAGCUCCUUCCUUUAGCAAAGGAUUGUCUCACUGAUGAGUCUACUGGAAGACCAGAAAUGAUUGAGUGUUAUCAAUUUGUGGAACAAAUUCUAUCAAAAUAUCCAAAAAUGAAAAGUGCAACAGAAUUAAUGAAAGAUAAUGAGGCAGCAGAAAAACGUAUUUGUGAAUUAGAUGCAGAAAUUAAAGAAUUGAAAGCUGAGAAAAUUGAGAAAGACAAACUUGAGAAACAACUGACAGCAGAUAAUGAACGACUGACAGGAAACUAUGACCAACUAAAUAAAAAACUGAAAAAUAUUUUAUCUCAAGUGACGGGCCUACAAAAUGCUCAUUCAUUGAAAGAAAAGGAAUUCAAUGAUUCCACUCGAGUGCUAAAGGAAAUUAUUAGAAGCAGAGAUGAACAGCUAGUUAAGCAACAAGAAGACAACAUGGAACUACUGAAGAAAAGAGAAGCUGAUUUAAAGGAAGAGCAUUUGAUAGAGCUUGCUGCAAUGAAGGAGGAGUCUGAAGCAAAGCUUUUGUCUGCGACAAAGAAACAUGAUCAGCAGCUUUCUGAAGUACGUGAAGAAUGUGAAGUCAAAGUAGCAGAAGUAGUGAAGGAGUUUAUGGAGUCAAGUCAAACACUUAAAGAUACAGCAGCACAGCAGCAGUCCACCCCUAUGACAGUAGGCAGAAAUGAAGCAUUUAUUACUAACAGCUACUUUAUAAAGGCUGGCUUAGAAAGUGAAAUUUGGUUUUUCCCUAAAUUAUCACGUGCCAGAGCUGAGAAUAUACUCAAGCAAGAGAAUAAAGAAGGAGCCUUUGUUGUUAGAAUUUCCAGUCAAGAAAAGCACUAUACCCUAUCAAUAUGUCAUAAAGGUCAAGCCAUGCAUUAUCUUAUUAGAAUUGAUGAAGAGAAGAAAUAUUACAUAUAUAAUAUGCAUCGUUUUCCAACAGUUACAGAACUUAUUGAAUAUCACAAACUGAAUGGAGGAGGUUUGCCUACCAGAUUAAGACAACCCCCUGCUUUGUUGGUCCCUAAUCAACCAGCUCUCAGAGUCUCAUCUGCAUUUGAUGAUAAAUGGCGAAUUGAUAAAUCUGAGCUGUCAUUAGGUAAAGAACUAGGUAGUGGACAGUUUAAAAGGGUAGUAGCAGGUCAGUGGCGUAAUGAAGUUGAUGUUGCUAUUAAAAUAAUGGAAGGUGCACUGAAUGAAGAUGACUUGAUCAAAGAAGCAAUAUUGAUGCAGAAAUUUCAACAUGAUAAUUUAGUAAAGUUAUGUGGAGUGUGUAUCAGACAAAGAUCUGUUUAUAUCAUCACUGAAUUAAUGGUUAAUGGUUCUCUACUCCAGUAUCUUUGUAAUAAUCAACGUUUAGUAAAUAAGACAGACAUUUUACUUGACAUGGCUAUACAGAUUUGUGCUACUAUGAAGUUUUUAGAACAAUCUGGUUUUAUACACAGAAAUUUGCCUGCUAGGAACUGUCAGGUUGGUUAUAGCAAUAUUGUUAAAGUUGGUGGUUUUAGUUCAGCAAGAUUUGUUCCUGAUGAUGAGUACGAAGCAUCUGUAGGUGUCAAGUAUGCUGUCAGAUGGUCACCACCUGAAGUUAUCACUCAUGCUAGAUAUAGCAGCAAAUAAGAUGUUUGGUCAUAUGAUAUUUUGUUGUGGGAGUUGUGGAGUGGUAGCAAUAACCCUUACCCAGCCUUCAGCAAUAUUCAAGUAUUAGAUCAAAUUGAACGUGGCUAUCGACUAGAAAAGCCUAAAUUAUGUCCUUAUAAAGUUUAUGCCUUAAUGAGAAGGAGUUGGCGCAUUGGCAAGCGUUGCAUUUAA